ACAGUUCCGCCAUUCGCAAAAUCGUGUUCCUGGCAGUGUGACCGAAGCUUUCAGAACUCACCUGCAGCGCGUGUAGCACGGUCUUACUGUCAAUAAACCUUAGAGGUUAUAAAAUAAGUUUAGAAAAAGUAUAAAGUAUAAACUUCCUAUUCAACAAACAAAUGUACCUUACUUACCUACUUUAUAGGGUCGGAAAAGCUUCUUCUACCUGUUACAUACUUUCCCCCGAAUACAGUAUACCCUCUUUACUCUUCUAGUACCGGGUAUGAACAGUAAUGCAAGCAAGAUCAUUUUUCAAUGAAAAUGAACAAAUAAUUGGUGCUGAAAAAUAUUUUAUUGGUUUCAAAGACAUUAUCAAAAAUAUAUCUUUGGGAUCCUACAAAAUGAGAUUUAGGGUUUUCGCAUAUAGGGUUAACUUCAUAUUGACUCAUACGCCAGGGCCUUUCUUUUACAAGCCGAACACCUGUCGUGCGUUCGUAGUAGAAAUCAGAGGUCUUUUCAAAAACAAUUCAAUUCGAAAAAUUGCUCCAACUUAUAAAAACCGAUUGUAGGUGACAAAUAUGUGGGGACACUAGUUAAACAAUUUUUUAAAAUUAAAGUUUGUUUUUAUUUUUAAAAAAUUUAAAAAUUUGCGUUUUAAAAUAAAAUUCUUAAAAGUGAGAGGUAUUAGAACUUUAUACAAAAGACAUGAAUUCAAUCGGAUAACUAACAAACUAGCUGGAGAUAUAUAUUUGCAAACAGAGGGUACUUUUUGAAAACUAGUUUUUUUUAAUCUUAAAACAUUUUAACUAAGAAAAUCUUUUUUGGCCAAUCCUGACACACAUUUACUUAUUUACCGAAUAGUUUAGGUAAAAAAAAAGUUUCACGCAAAUCAAAAAUGUUAAAAAUUAUAUAAGCAAAACGAGGAAGAAUUUUCAGUAAGUUCACCCCCGAUUGCUUUAAAACUCGACUUCCCCAGAUAUGCUGAUAAGGAAUUUUUGAUAUCCCUUAUAAUGCCCUUUGAGAGGGCAUAAACAAGGUAAAAAACAACAAGGAAGGGGAAGCGGGAUGUGAAACUGCCUAGCAACGAGGUUGGCUUGGGACCUCCUAUCACUUUCCACUACAGCACACUUUCGUCAACAUGGUGCUCAUCACCGAAGAGCUGGUGCGCAAGAAGUCGGAGCACAAUGAACGCCUGAUUAGCACGUUGGAGGAGAUCUCCCUGCACCAGGAGGACAUCGAGGCCAUAGAACACAUCCAGAACUGGUGUCGCGACCUCAAAAUCCUUCUCCUCCAGUCCAACCUGAUUGCGCGCCUGGAGAACUUGCACAAACUAAAGCGCCUGGAGUACCUUAAUGUGGCCAUCAACAACAUUGAGAAGGUGGAGAACCUGGAGGGCUGUGAGUCCCUCAGAAAGCUGGACCUGACUCUUAACUUUAUAGGAGAACUGACCAGCUUGGAGUCGCUGUGCGGAAAUCACAAUCUGCGCGAGCUGGUACUCAUCGGGAAUCCCUGCGUGGACUAUCCGCAGUACAGGAACUACGUGGUGGCCACUUUGCCGCAACUGAACAGCUUGGAUUGCGCAGAGAUCACGCCUUCGGAGCGCCUCCAAGCGUUGCGGGAACUGUCCAAGAACCGGGCCAUCAUCGUCCAGAAGCAGGCGGAUCACGCUAUAAGCCGGGAUGAGCAGCGUAUCCGGGUGGCGGAGCAGCAGGCCGCCUUGGCGGAUCGUUGUGCCGGAAUAGAAGACGAGGAGGAGCGCAUCCAGGCCUUUUGGCAGGCCAAGAGCGAGCACUGCCCGGAGAUUCGCACGGAGAUCGCCCGGCAGCACCGCUUAGGCCGGGAGCGGCACGAGCCCAAGUCCCCGCUGGAUCCCCCGAAGCAGGAGCGCAAUCUGUUCGCUCCCUGCGGCAGACCGUACAACCUGAACCAGGGCAAGCUGCCCUUCAAAUUCCAGGACGAGGCCGAUCAUUACUUGCUCCAACUAGAAGUCUACAGACACCUGGACACCUCCCUAAUUGCUGUGGACGUACAGCCCUUGUAUACUAGAGUCACCGUAAAGAAAAAGAUCUUCCAGAUCGCAUACAGUGAGGAGGUCAAGCCGAGUGAGUCCACGGUGCAGCGUUCGCAGAUCACAGGCCACCUCAUGGUCAAACUUAAAAAACUAAGAGUCAACGACCUACUGAUCACGAAGGGUGCGACUAAAAGUUGUACCCGCUCUGAUGGCGGACAAAAGGACGACCAACCCGAGAAGAGGCUCUGUGGAGUUGUGGACAUCAGCAAUAUCUGUCCGCCCGAGGACCUCCCCGAAUUAAUUUGAAGAAGAGUUUAUUAUUUAAAAAUGGUUUAUUUAAA